AUGACAUCCGGAGUCGAGACCCUAAAAAAGCCCUUGGUUCUUGUGCUAUGCUCCCCAGCUAUAGGGCAUAUGAAUCCUAUGCUUAAGAUUGCUAAGGACCUUGUUCGUCGUGGCCAUGAUGUCUCCUUUCUCGCAUCGGAGGGGUACCGCGAGCAAGUUGAACGCACUGGCGCCUUCUUUCUACCACACAAGGGAUUUAUCAACUAUCGGAGCGAGACGGAUCUUUAUCGGCUUUUCCCUCAGUUUGCCGAGAUACCUAGGGGCUUACGACAACUACUCUGGAUCCAUGAGAAGCUUUGGAUCAAUUCUAUUCCAUCAGCCCUCGAAUCCAUUCGAGCGGCUCUCGCAUCACUCAGGAAGCGAGACCCACAACGCCAAGUUAUCGUUCUUUGCGAGUCUAUGUACAGUGGCAUCUUACCACUCAAGCUGGGCGCUGAGCUUCCCGACGGUUACACUACGUUGCCACCAACCUUGGGCAUCAGCAUCAUGCCGGCAAUGUGGGCUAGUGUAGAUACAGGUCCCUUUGGGUUCGGCUUGCCGGCCGACGACUCCAACGCCGGACGAAUGCGUAAUAUCGUCGUUGCCAAGCUAUUUGCCGAGUACGUGUGCAAGGAGUCGUUCACCAAGCUGGGCGAUGUUCUGCAGCACGUUUGCGGAACCACCAAGCCUCUGGACUCUAUCUAUGGCCACCAUGCACAAGUCAUACAUCACGGUCUCUGGGAUGCUAGCUGGGCAUGCCACGAUCUGACGUUGCAGAUGUGCAUUCCGGCCCUUGAGCUCUCUCGAUCGGACUGGCCGCUCAAUUUCAAGUUCGCCGGAGCUCUGCCUCGUAAAGAGAUUCCCAGCGGAUACCAAUAUCCCGUAUGGUGGGAUGAGAUCGUGGUCAACAGCAAGAGACACGAGUCAGAGAGGAAGAAAGUGGUGUUCGUGGCUCAGGGCACCGUCGUCCAGGACUAUGGCGAUAUGAUUCUUCCCACAAUCCGGGGACUAGCCAACCGCGAUGACUUGAUCGUCAUGGCCGUUCUUGGCGCCAAGGGUGCCGAGUUGAGGCUCAAGGACGAUGAAACCCUCCCUUUCAACACCCGUGUGGUUGAUUACUUCCUUUACGACGCAGCGCUUGAAUACUCCGAUGUCUUCGCAGUGACGGGCGGCUACGGAGCACUCACUCACGGGGUUACGAACGGCGUGCCGAUGGUAUUGGCAGGGGACUCGGAAGACAAAAUCGAGGUUUCAUUGCGGGGUGAGAUGGCGGGGUGUGCCAUCAGCCUUCGGACCGGCAAGCCGAGUCAAGACGAGAUUGUGAAGGCAGUCACGGCGAUCCUAGAGAACGGCGAGUACCGGAAGCGGGAGGCAGCGAAGUUCAAUCCCAUGGACAUUGUGGAGCGACAGAUGUUGGCGUUGCUCAAAUGA